GACUGUUAGGUCUGACUGUUAGGUCUGGCUGUUGGCUCUGACUGUUGGCUCCGACUGUUGGCUCUGACUGUUGGGUCUUGGUGAAGUCUUCAGGUUCGGGGGCAGAUGCCAGGACAGGUUGUUUCAGGACAAAGGUGAAGGACCAAUCGCCGCCGUCCAACAAUGAAGCAGCGCUGAGCGUCCAGAGGCUUCAGAAGGUGGAGGACGAAGCAGGUCACGGAGCAGAGCGGAGCCCAGUUCCUCCUCCUCAGGACAAUGACGGCCGCUCCUUUGUGUGGAGGUGAGAAGCUGCGCUGAAAAGGCCUUUUGUUCCGCAGCAGGAUUAUAAAAGCAUCAAAGCCUCCUCCACCCUGCUCAUCUUCCACAGACUUCAGCAGACGACGGUGAGCCGCACGUACCAACGCACGCACGAACGCACGCAGCGAUGUUGUCAGGGCUGGUGCGCCUCCUCGUCCUGUCCUCCUUCUGCUUCUCUACCGCCACGACCGCCACGACCGCCACGACCAACACGACCAACACGACCAACACGACGCCCCCCCCACAAUCUCCCAAUGCCACUGUAAACAGGUGGCCUAACCUGCGGCCAGUCCCACCUGGACGCAGUGGGAAUCUGUCCUUCCCAACCAUUCAGCCGUUCCAGGAAUCCACCAUGUGCGACAUGUUACUGAACUCUAUGACGCCGCUGCCCAUGGACCAGGUCCCGUUCGAGUGCAUCUGUUCACACUGCAAAGGCAAAGUGGGUGCAAAAGGAGACCGAGGAGACCGCGGUCUACCAGGACAGUCAGGCAGCCCGGGCCUCAGAGGACAGACGGGGUUCCCAGGGAGACCUGGAUUCAGGGGACUUCCAGGGAUCAAGGGUCAGAAGGGUGACGAUGGACAGAAAGGACAGGAAGGUCUGGCGGGUUUCAGCGGACCAAAAGGAUCUCGAGGGUUUAAAGGAGAGAAAGGCGACUUGGGGACUAAUGGACCAGCAGGAAGCCCAGGUCCUCAGGGGGAAAAGGGUGAAUGCCCUAACUACUGCGAGAAUGUCCAGGGGAUUCCAGGUCCUCAAGGACCUGUAGGACCAGCUGGCACAAGGGGUCUGCCCGGUGUAAACGGAGAACCGGGAACUAAAGGUUCAAAAGGGAACAAAGGUGACACAGGCAUUCACGGUACACCGGGGUCAGAGGGCCUGAAGGGCGACAAGGGCGAUAAGGGCAUAUGUGACUGCGUCGACGGCAAGGAUGGAGCUGCUGGACAGAAGGGACAAAAGGGGGAGCAGGGACCUGCUGGUAGCAACGGAGUGGCAGGUGUGAACGGCCCAAAUGGGCCAGCUGGUGAAAAUGGUCCAAGUGGCCCCCCAGGACCACCUGGUCCCUGCACCCCCGCCAUCCAAUCGGCAUUCUCUGCUUGUCUGGAGGUGCGAUUCCCAGUCAUCCACUGGCCCGUCCCCUUCCCACGCGUCCUCACCAACGCCCAGUCGCACUUCAACCCGUACCUGGGCAUGUACACGGCGCCCGUCAACGGAACCUACAUCUUCUCCUUCCACCUGUCGGUUGCUAUGAAGUCUCUGAAGGUUGGUCUGUUCCUCAACUACUUCCCUGUGGUCAAGAUGACGGAAGUGAACAACUACGCCACCGCCAGUCAGACCAGCAUCCUGCACCUGACUAAGGGCGACCAGCUGUGGCUGCAGGUGAAGAGUGAGGAAACCAACGGCAUGUUCGUGGACGAGGAGAGCUCCAGCUGCUUCUCCGGCUACCUCCUCUACCCCGACUCCUGCAACUAUGUUCCCAAAGGCCGGGAUUCCUUGAUCACACCUCCUCCACUCAAAGAUUUUAACUGGGACCCGACCACAGGGAACUCUACCACUCCACCUCCUGUCGCUGGAUAAAAAAGGCGUCGGCCAAACGCUCAAAUGUAAAUGUGACCGUCCUCAGCCGUGAUAGGCUGGAGUCGGUCCUUCAAUCAGUCCUAGAUGAAGUUUCCGUGUCAGCCAAUCAAACUUUCAGUGUAUUUAUAACCGCCAGCUUCAAAGGAGGGGCUUUCUCCUCAGUCGGCCAAUCCUCACACCUUCAGAUGUAGACCAGUGGCCAGACCAGUGGUCUACAUCUGACCCUGUCAGAUGUAGACCACUGGUCAACAUCUGACGCUGUCAGGAUGGUGGUGGAGUGCGCUUCCUGGUUCUUCUUGGUCUUGACCAUGGAACAUUUUGGGAUGUUUGGUGUAGGGACCGGAGGAGGGGCAGGAGUCUGGAUCCAGGUCUGUGUGGAACCAAACAGUUCCUGAACUUCCUGAUUGUUCCAUCGGUCAAAGGGUCUUUUUGGGGAGGACUCUGGGGUUAAAAUCAAUCUGACUAAAGUUCAAAAUCUGUAGAAAAAAAAAAUGAACCAAACGGAAAAAAAAACACCUGUGAAGGCGACGCCACCCGGUGGUCUGUUUGAAUCCCCUCCUUUGACUGAGGAGAUAAAUCCACUCUGAUGAUUCUGUCUUCAGUGGAGAAAGAGAAAAUGCAUGUUGACGUGACCGGGUUCACACCUGCGUUUUCAGCUGCACUUUGUUUCCUCGGAGUAAAUUAAAAACUGUUUGGUUUUGUUUUGUUUUUUUUGUUUAGUUUGUUUCAACGUAGUCUUCACAGCUUUUAUCAUUUUGCUUCUGAAAACGUUUAAAUCCUGAUGCAUGAUGAGAAAAUGAAUAAACCAAAGUGAUUCUUAUCAUCGGUACCGCUCUUUAUUUCCACACGUAAGCAUCGGUGCCUGGUACCGAACCUGGAGACACAGAUUUACUACAGUUCUGCACGACACAACUAAGCAUCAGACAAGAAGACACACACACACACACACACACACACACACCGUCAGGUGGUGAAUUUAUCAGUUUGUCUGAA